CCUCCUUCGCCUCUUCCUGCCUCCUCCCGGCUUCCGCCGCCGCCGCUCCAGCGCAUCCCAGCCCCCGGGUGCACCGUUUCCUUAUUUAUUUCCGUUUUCUCGCCGCUACAGCCUCCUGACUCUGAUCCGGGCGGGCCCCGCAGGAAUUUUACCCCCUCUCCGGCCUCACACUAGUAUCGCAUGUCCACUAUCCAGAACCUCCAAUCUUUCGACCCCUUUGCUGAUGCAACUAAGGGUGACGACUUACUCCCGGCAGGGACUGAGGAUUACAUUCAUAUAAGAAUCCAGCAACGGAACGGCAGAAAGACGCUGACUACUGUUCAGGGCAUUGCAGAUGAUUAUGACAAAAAGAAACUUGUGAAAGCUUUCAAAAAGAAAUUUGCCUGUAAUGGUACUGUGAUUGAACAUCCCGAAUACGGAGAGGUUAUUCAGCUUCAAGGUGACCAAAGGAAAAACAUUUGCCAGUUUCUCUUGGAGGUUGGCAUUGUCAAGGAGGAACAGCUUAAGGUUCAUGGAUUCUAAAAUGAACCUAAAUACGUGGAGAAUUUCUUGAAUAAUUUUGUUCUCUAAACCCAGUCUGGCUGCCUUGUGAGAUGAUUCUCUGCAGUAAAUGGACUUUUCAUUUAUUUAAUCAUUCAAACUUCCAUUCACAUCUGCAUGAUUCCAGAAAACAUGGGGUAUGUAGGCUAGUAACACAUAAGAAAAUUGCGGUAAGAUGGUAACACAGCCCCGUAUUCAUCUUAACAUGUUUCCAAUGGAAAAUAUUUUGUUUUGAGUGUUUAUUUGUUACUGUUCAGUUUAUUACUUUUCACUUGAUUAAAUGUUUUUUGUUGUAUUAAACCAUGUAUGUUGCAGCUUAACAAUAAAAAAAAAUACAAAUCCUUUUGUGAGCAGUUAGGUUCCCAGAUCUAAGCAAGUAAGAUACACAUAUGUUUUGUCUUUCAUAAUUGGAGUUCUCAUUCAGCAAGUAUUCUUUCUAAUUAGCUUCAGCUGCUGUUAAACCCAAAGCUCAAGGAGAACUUUCUUACCUGUAGUUUGUGUUCUUCAUUUACUGACUUAAAAAUAAGCAUACAAACAGGAGUGUAAACUCAAGCAGAGCCAAGAAUUUGUCAGAAUGUAUGUUAAAUUUUUUAAAAGAAUGGCAUAUAGUUUGACCCUGAGUGUUAGCACAUAGAAUUCUUUUAUAUAUUUUUAUUGGUUAUGUUACUGGGCUGCCAACUUAAGUCUGUCCUUAAGUGCCAGAUAAUACUGUAGGCUUCUGACGUAAAAUUUAGUUACAGACACUGCCCUGCAAGUGUGCAUGAGUAGGUGGUAUCGCUGUCUUACAGAAAGAACAUUGGGGUUCAGGUUAACUUCACUAGAAUGCCAGGAAGUGACAGAGUUAGGAUGCCAGCCCAGGGCUUCCAGCCAGAAAAGCCAUGUUCUUUCGCUACAUCAUGGUUUGGUGUGUGUGUGCCACUAAAGGAAGUGAGAGCCACAAGUGAUAAUGCAUGGUGGUUGGGAGUGGUAUGAGAAAUAGUAUGAUUUACAGUUCUUAAUUAUGAGAAUUCUGCAGUUUAUUUUGAGUUCCAGACUUCUACUUUUUACUGAGUAGUAAUUAUUUGCUCAGUUAUACCAGCCAUGUCAUUAAAACUAUUUAGCCAAGACAAAUGCACCUGCAAGUGCACACUUUUUAGGUUAAUGCAGUAGGAUAAUGAUGGUGUGAGACACCUCUCUCACUUGGGUCAUUACAUUCUGUACCAGCUGAACCCUUGCCCCUAUCUUGAUAGUGCUUUUGGAACAACAAAAUCAGCCCCUGCAGAGUUUACCUCUGAAAGACACCUAAGUAACAGGUUUUGUUUUCUCAUCCCGUCCUACCUCCCAGAAAGAAUGAGACUAUUAAGAAGUGAGUACACCAGAAUAUAGUGCCAAUGUUGUUAAGGUCAUUUCUGAAAAACAUCAAUAUAAUUGACCAAGAAGAUGCAGAGGUUUGGGAGAGUUUUCCAACUUCCUGGGAAACCCUUACUUUUCUUCCUGUAACAUUUUGUCAUGAUUCCACCUCUAGUUGAAAGGUGCCAUGGCAGUAGUUUAUGAAAAUGCUAAAGCAGAAGCUGACUUGAACGUAUGCAUUCAGGUGUUGCCUUGUCAUUUACUGAGAGCCAAGCUAAUGCCCAGAAAAGAAUUGUCUAUUAAGAGAGACUGACUGAACAAAGAAGGUAGACAAGGGAAGCUUCGUAGAUGGGAAGACAAAGCCCCUCAUCUUGGCACCCACAGAUAAGCUCUCAGUCAUUGCAUCAUGUGUCAGGCCACUCCCAGUGGAUGGGAUCAAAAGCCUUGAGCAAGACUUCUUGCUGGAUUUUGUGAGGAGCAACUUAAGUCUGUGAGCCCUAGACACCUGAUUGGACUUGUCACCUGUAGGGGCAGGUUCCAUCCUUUAAUAAGAACAGAUCAUGUACCCUUUCCUUCCUUCUUGUCUUUGAGCAAUGCAAUGGAAAUAAAGGACAUAAUUAAGAA